GGGCGGCGGGGAAGAGGCAGUGUCUACUGGGUCACUCAUUUUCCUUAUUGGCUAUGAGAAGAGAUCACUGAACCAGAAGUCGCUAUCCAGAAAAAGCCCGCCCACCCAGCACAGCCACCCUGCUCCUCCCCCACACUCCCAGGCUGGACAUAACACACACUAGUUGGCACAAGUGUUUGUAGUGCCAGUUUAUUGCCAAUAGCUGACAAUGCCCGGGGCUAGUAGAAAAUAAAUUAGAACGACAGUGGCCUCUUACAGGUGCAGCGAGGCUGGAGCGGGGAGCAAGUUUUUGUGGACACUGAUCCCCGGAAGGGGUACAAGGUGGCUGUGAUAAUAUCAGUGGAGAGGCUCUCCCAUGCUCCAGACCGACAGAAGUUUCUAUUCCCUCCUGGUACCCAAAGGGGCAAAGUGGAGGCCAGGGUCUCAGCUACCUGGAGCUAAGUGAGGGGAAAGGGGUAGUGGGGAACCCUCAGCAGGACCAAAGGGGAGACCAAGGCUUGUACCCCAGAACCCACAGGAACCUGGAAUCCCAUGCCUUCACAGGAUGACGCAGGGGGGGCGGCUGUUGGUGAUCUUCUCUAGGGGUUCUCCGUUACUGGCUCUCCGGAUGGCCUCAAUGAGCUGGAGGGCAGAGAGAUGGCGUGGGAUGAUGUGCGGCAGAGGCGUGGUGACCCCGGGGUGCUUCCAACACUGCAAAUACUCACAUCUUUCUCAUAAGGGAAGCCCCCGUUCUCCAGCUUGGAGAACACCAGCUGUCCAUUGAUCUCGAUCUCAAAGGCCCCUGGUAUUAAAUAAACCAGUGAAUCAACUGUCUGCUGAGAACAAGGCAAAGGUCAGGAGGCCCUCCGCACUCAGAGUGGGCACAGGCGCCCAUGUCCUCCGCAUGCCCGGUUAGAGACCUGCAGCUCUUCAAGACAUUUCCCAACCCGGGGUCAGGCCAAAGGAACAAGGAACGCAUGUGAGCCCUUUGAACUCCAGGAAGGGCUCCCUCCCCUCCAAACCUGUCCUUUCACAGUCUCACCGGCUUUCCCUUACAGGAUUCGUCUGUGACCCCCUCCACGAUGGAAGGGGGUCAAGCUGUCUGGACAUGUCACUAGGUGCCAGCCACCGCCGGAGACAGAGCGGGGCAGCUGGGACUUGGAACCCUGACUCAGCAGGUGUUCUGCGGCCUCACCUGUGCCCCCCAGGCGCGACUCGAUCUCGAUGCCAGGGUACUGCUCCUUCACGGCGCUCGCCAGCUCCAGAUGCCAUGGAGCUGGGCCUGUCUCCACCGCAUCACAGCAGCUCCCCAGAAGACCUGUACCCAGCCCCGGGGACCCCGCCGGGGACUCCCCCGCCGCCCGAUGCCCCCCUUGCUGGGGAGGUGAAGAGGUCCCAGCCUUUGUCCAUCCCGACCAGCAGGAAACUUCGAGAGGAGGAGCUGCGGACAACCUCUCUGCCCUCCAUCCCCAACCCUUUCCCUGAGCUGUGUAGUCCUCCUUCACAAACGCCCAUUACUGGGGGACUCUCCAGUGCAAGGGGGCUGCUCCCUCGAGACACCAGCUGCCCCCAUUCAUCUGCAAUUCCUGGGGUGCAGGUAGUAAAAGUGUAUAGCGAAGACGGGGCCUGCCGGUCCGUGGAGGUGGCGGCGGGCGCCACCGCACGCUACGUGUGUGAAAUGCUGGUGCAGCGAGCUCACGCCCUCAGUGAUGAGAACUGGGGGCUGGUGGAGUGCCACCCCCAUCUAGCACUGGAGCGGGUCUUGGAGGACCAUGAGUCAGUAGUGGAAGUACAAGCUGCAUGGCCAAUCGGCGCAGACAGCCGCUUUGUCUUCCGGAAGAACUUCGCCAAGUACGAACUGUUCAAGAGCUCCCCACACUCCCUGUUCCCAGAGAAGAUGGUCUCCAGCUGUCUGGAUGCACCGACGGGCUUAUCGCAUGAAGACCUCAUCCAGAACUUCCUGAAUGCGGGCAGCUUCCCAGAGAUCCAGGGCUUCCUGCAGCUGCGGGGCUCAGGACGGAAGCUUUGGAAGCGCUUCUUCUGCUUCCUGCGCCGGUCUGGCCUCUAUUACUCCACCAAGGGCACCUCCAAGGAUCCAAGGCACCUGCAGUACUUGGCAGAUGUAAACGAGUCCAAUGCGUAUGUGGUGACUCAGGGCCGCAAGCUGUACGGGAUGCCCACCGACUUCGGCUUCUGUAUCAAGCCCAACAAGCUUCGCAAUGGCCACAAGGGGCUGUGCAUCUUCUGCAGUGAGGACGCGCAGAGCCGCACCUGCUGGUUAUCCGCCUUCCGCCUCUUCAAGUAUGGGGUGCAGCUGUAUAAGAAUUAUCAGCAGGCACAGUCUCGCCACCUGCGCCCGUCCUGUGUGGGGUUCCCACCCUUGAGGAGUGUCUCGGACAACACCCUGGUGGCGAUGGACUUCUCUGGCCACACGGGGCGCAUCAUCGAGAACCCCCAGGAGGCUCUGAGUGUCGCCCUGGAGGAGGCCCACGCCUGGCGGAAGAAGACGAACCACCGUUUCAGCCUGCCCACCCCGUGCUCCAGCACCAGCCUCAGUGCAGCCAUCCACCGAACCCAACCCUGGUUCCAUGGACGGAUUUCCCGCGAGGACAGCCAGCGGCUCAUCUCCCAGCAAGGCCUGGUAGACGGACUGUUCCUGGUGCGGGACAGCCAGCGGAACCCGCAGGGCUUUGUCCUGUCUCUGUGCCAUCUGCAGAAAGUCAAGCAUUAUCUUAUCCUGCCGAGCGAGGAGGAGGGCCGCCUCUACUUCAGCAUGGACGAGGGCCAGACGCGCUUCACCGACCUGCUGCAGCUCGUGGAGUUCCACCAGCUGAACCGCGGCAUCCUGCCCUGCCUGCUGCGCCACUGCUGCACCCGCGUGGCCCUCUGACCGGGCGGCGGCAGGCCCGUGUUUCAGCCCCGGGCUCCUAGGGUGAACUCAGAGGGUCAGAGGGCAGGGACAGGAUCGAGAACGAUUGGAAGGCCCCCCCCAAUCCAGUUUUCUCCUCUGCUCCUUUGCUUCACUGAGGCAGAAAGUGGUCCCCCUACCCAUCCCCCCAGUUCACCCUUAAUCCCUCAUCUCAAGGGAAGGCACUUGGGGUGGCCCUCUCCCCUUCAGGGAGCUCCUUUCUGGGCACUACUCUGGGGCAAGGCAUUAUGGGAGAAAUGGGGGUAGCCCAGGUGGUCUGAUGCCCCACACGUUGUACAGACUGAGGCCAGUUGAUCUGUUUUAUACUCCUUACAAUAAAGGUUAUUUUUGGAUACA